AUGGACGCCCAUGAUAUUGCCAAUAGAUUGAUGAGAAAAGAAAACUAUCUCAUAGCACUCUUCAACAAGGAGAUUUUGGACCUCACUAUUCCGAUUCCUUUUCUGAGAAGCAGGGGCUCUAUGUUGACGAAGACUUUGGAAUGGAACCUGAGUUUAACUAUUCUUGACUAUGUGUUUAAUGAACAGGGUCAGCUGAAUAGUAUGUUCUUGAAAGAGGGUCAUAGGAGGAUAUUGAGUGAUGCUCUAAAGAGACGGUUUAUGUUUGCAGGCUGGAUGAACAUUAUUACCGCUCCAUUCAUUGCGACCUAUUUCCUCUUGGUUUUCCUACUCCGGAACGUUCAUGAUUUUAUUAAAACACCAGCGAGAAUUGGUCACAGGCAGUACACACCUUUGGCAGAAUGGAAGUUUCGAGAAUUUAACGAAUUGCAUCAUCUUUUCCACAUGAGACUAUAUAUGAGCUAUCCCGCGGCGGAGGCCUAUGUCGACCAGUUCCCGAAGGAAAAGACCGCCCAAAUUGCACGAUUUAUUUCCUUUAUAGCUGGGUCCUUGCUAGGAGUUCUAGCUAUUGCUUCGUUGCUAGAUAGCGAUCUAAUACAAGGGUUUGAGAUAACAUCGGGAAUGACUGCUCUCACUUAUAUGGCCAUUCUUACAACAAUCGUAGCUGUCACUAGAGGUAUGCUUCCAGAAGAGAAUACUAUAUAUGAUCCGGAAUGGUCCCUCCGCAAUGUUAUCCAGCACACACAUUACAUGCCUGACCAUUGGAAGGAGAAAUUGCGAUCUGAUGAAGUUAAACGGGACUUUAUGACACUAUAUGACAUGAAAGUUUCAAUAUUUAUCAACGAAAUCCUGAGUGUCUUCUUCACACCAUUCAUUCUUUGGUGGUCUUUGCCAAAGUGCAGUGACCGGAUCAUCGAUUUUUUCCGAGAGUUCACUGUCCACGUUGAUGGUAUUGGUUAUGUGUGCAGUUUUGCAGUCUUCAACUUCCAAAAGCCCGGGCAUAACGUGGAGGAUCUUCGAGAGGAAUACUUUUCUUCGAAAGACAAUAAGAUGCUUUCUUCGUAUUUAGGAUUCAUGGAUCAGUACCACGGGACUCAAAUAAAAACAGGUCACGGAAAACGGCAGCAUCAGGGAUCUUUACGACCUUAUAUGACAUCGCCGAUUAUGGCCGCUGAUAUGAGUAAAUCGACAUAUAACCAGCAUCCCCAAAACCGACGCCAGGAUACCUCUGGUCCAGGAAUGGGAAAAUCUAUGCAUCGAGACAGCCCAGGGAGAAUGGGCGCAUCAAUGAUGCAAUCAUCACUCUUAGAUCCACAACACCAGCCAGCUUAUGGGGGUUUCUCAAGGAAUAUGAGACAACCAAUGUUCCAUCCCCGAUCGGCGGAAUCUUUGAGGGAAGAGGACGAAGAGGAGGAAUCUCCGAUCAACCCAGGGCAUAAUAGAAAACAGAGGUAUAGAAGUAAUUUGGGAGAGAGUUUUAUGUCGACAAAUGUCACCACAGCUAUGAUGGAGGCCGCGGAGGAGGGACAGGCUGGUCCUAGGACGAACGUACUAGAUUUAUUAAACCAAUUCGUAGGUGGCGGGGCCGAAACUGCUGGAAGACCGGGCGUUAUAUAA